GCCCCCUGCCUGGCGGCGCCGCAUCGGGGCGGCCAUUUUGUGGCGCUGCGCGGUCGGUGGCGCUGGGCUCGGCGCGGAGCGGGCCCCGGGGCGGUUCGGCUCCGUUCUAACCCUUUUUCUCGUACAGAUCCCUCGGUUUAUUUAGACUUCUUGUGCUUACUGUAGAAAAAGAAUUUUCUCAGGUAGACUACUUCUAGGAGUCAGAAGUCUAAGUCCAGUACUGCUGCAGCUGCACAGCAGUGUUUGGGAUGUUUGCAGCCAUUUGAGCAACGAUUUUCUUCUUGGUGUGUGCUUUCAGCACAGCAUGGCUGUGGUCAUCCACUUGCAAGGUCUUCUGAUUGUGGUGGGGACCAUGGACUUAACUGGAUUGACCAUUCCUGAUGGGGAAUAUGAUGGUGCAUAUUGUAGGGGGUGAACUGGGGGAAUAAAAUCAGCAGUGUUGAUAUUACAAAAUGACAAAACAUCCUCCGAAUAGAAGAGGGAUCAACUUUGAGGUGGGAGCCCAGUUGGAAGCCCGUGACAGAUUAAAAAACUGGUAUCCAGCUCAUAUUGAAGAAAUUGAUUAUGAAGAAGGAAAAGUACUUAUCCAUUUCAAACGCUGGAACCACAGAUAUGAUGAAUGGUUUUGUUGGGACAGUCCUUAUUUACGUCCCUUAGAGAAGAUUCAGCUAAGGAAAGAAGGAUUACAUGAGGAAGAAGGUUGUGCAGGGUUUCAUAUAAAUGAGCAGGUGCUGGCGUGCUGGUCUGACUGUCGCUUCUACCCAGCCAAAGUUACUUCUGUUAACAAAGAUGGUACAUACACUGUGAAGUUUUACGAUGGUGUAGUUCAGACUGUCAAAAACAUUCAUGUCAAAGCUUUUUCCAAAGACCAGAAUAUCGUGGGUAAUGCCAAGCCUAAGGAAAGAGGUGAUGAAAUUCCGUCAUCUCCUGAAAAGCGGGAGAAAUUUAAAGAGCAGAGGAAAGCAGCAGGUAAUGCAAAGAAAGACAAGGAUGAAAAGACAUUAAAGACUGAGAAAAGAGUUAAGCAACCUGACAAAGAAGGAAAAUUGAUAGUCAUCUCAGACAAAGGCAAGGUCUCAGAAAAGAAUAUAUCUAAGAAUGGAAAAGAAGAUAAGGAGAAUAUAUCAGAGAAUGAUAUGGAAUAUUCAGUAGAUACACAAAUUGAGAAGAAGCCAGAGAAUGACAACGUAAAGAGCCCCCAGGAAAACGGGAAAGAAACGAAGCGGAAACGCGGGAGACCGCCCAUAACACCUCCAACGGAGCCAAGUUCUCAGACACUGCAACCCAUAACCUUGGAGUUAAGGCAUCGGAAAAUACCUAAAGGAGGUGAAAUUCCAUCAAAGCGUCCCAGGAUUGAAAAAAACUUGUCUCAGGAAAAACUGAAGAACUCUUCAGAUAACCCUGAAAGAGACCAGAUCAGGAGACGAUCUUCAAGACUCUCAUCUGGUAUCAGCCAUGAGAUUUUAAGUACAGAUCAUGUCACAGCUUCAGCAGAAAUUCAGCCUUUGAAAGAUGCAGUAUCAAACCAAAAGGAAUCUGAGAAGGUCCAGUUAGGAACUCCUGCUGAAUCUGAUCAAAGUUGCAGUGAACACGAGUCUCCUGGAAGCACAUCCCAUAGCACAGCACUCAGUACAGAUGCCAGUUUACAGGAAGAAAAAGUUGAAGAUGCUGAAUCUUCCUCUGUUACUGUCAGAACUCAAGAACCUUCUGCUGCUACAGUAACAAAACCUUGUAGGAGAACAGAUUUUCUUGCAUCCAAAAAAGCUGCAACUGUUGGUCAAGAGCACAAGUUUAGAUGCAAGUUCUUGGACUGUUCAAAGUUCUUCCGCAAAGCCAAGUUAUUGCAUUAUCACAUGAAAUACUUUCAUGGAGUGGAGAAGGCUGCAGAAUCACAGCAGAACCCUGUAAAAAGAAAUAUUCAAACCAGAGCUUCUUUGGCUUCUGAAAAAGCUAAUCAAGAAAGGUCAAAAAGAGGACGGACCACAGCUGGUUCAUUGUAUGCUCCUCUACACAUAGCCCUAAGGAGUACCCCAUAUAGAGGUGAAAAAAUAGAAAAGAGAAGAACUUCAACUCCUGUAAGUGCACUAAAUAGUCACCGCCAUUCUGUUAGAGAACAAACCAAGAACCACAUAGCAAGAUCCCUGCGGAAGCCUCAGGAAAGAGUUGCAAAUGCUGGUAAAGAACAUGAGAAGAACAAAGAAAGAAAAUCCAAAGACUAUGGAAGGUCCAAGUCAAAGAAAAAGAAAAAAAAGAAAAAGAGAACUAAGCCUGAAUACUCUGGUAGUGAAGAAAACACAGAUGUUUCACAAGACCUCUCUCCUGAAAAGUCAGUUGCCACAAAAUGUAUUUCUUCAAGUAAAUCAUCUGCCCACCCAAGCACACUGCUCCACUGCUCUGAGCCUGCACAGCACCGAGGGAAAUCCAAACCACGUGAGGAUGACACCCUGAGUGAGUCAUCUAUGGACAGCUUGCUUUGGAGUGAUGAUGACUGCAGUCAGGAUGUUGAUGUAACCACAAACCCUGAUGAAGAAGCUGAGGAAAGUGAUUUUGAGAUUGUUCGGUGUGUUUGUGAAGUAAAAGAAGAAAAUGACUUCAUGAUUCAGUGUGAAGAGUGUCUGUGCUGGCAGCAUGGAGUCUGUAUGGGUUUACUGGAAGAUAAUGUACCUGAGAAAUAUACCUGCUAUAUUUGCCAAGAUCCUCCAGGUCAGAGGUCCAGCUUAAAGUACUGGUAUGAGAAGGAGUGGUUAAGCAAUGGUCACAUGCAUGGCUUAGCCUUUUUGGAAGAAAAUUAUUCCCACCAGAAUGCCAAGAAGAUAGUAGCCACUCACCAGCUCCUUGGCGAUGUGCAGAGAGUGAUAGAAGUGCUGCAUGGACUGCAGCUGAAGAUGAGCAUAUUACAAAACAAAGAACAUCCUGACCUAAAGCUUUGGUGCCAUCCAUGGAAGCACAUUACAGUGGAUGAAAAAAUUCAUACAAAACACAUCAUUCACAUUGAGGAAAACUGUUGUAAAGAGGAGACAGCAAAUUAUAGAACUUGGAAUGGGACAGUUGAGAAACCCUCAACCAUUCCUUCUGUGGAGGAAUCUUACAUUACCAGUGAACACUGUUACCAGAAGCCUCGGGCUUACUACCCUGCAAUAGAGCAGAGACUGGUUGUGGAAACAAGAGGCUCAGCCAUGGAUGAUGGAGUCAACAGGAUAAGGGAAAAUGGGGAUGAUGCCCUCUCAGAGAGGUUUGGCUGGAAUCUGGACCGAGAAAUAUGCAAGAUGGAAAAUGAAUCCAAACACAAUUACUCUAAGGUAAGAGAGUCUGCUGCCAAGAAAGUCUCCCCAGAGGAUACAAUUGAAAUGAAAUUGCUGGAAAAAGACAAAGAAGGAGUUGUGAACUCACAGCUGCAGUGGCAGCUUAAUCUUUUAGCUCACGUGGAAUCUCUGCAAGAUGAAGUCAUCCACAGAAUGGAUUUCAUUGAGAAGGAGCUAGAUGUUUUGGAGAGUUGGCUGGAUUAUACAGGAGAGCUGGAACCCCCAGAACCACUGGCUCGACUCCCACAGCUGAAACAUUGCAUAAAGCAGCUGAUAACAGACCUGGGAAAAGUGCAACAGAUUGCACUCUGCUGCUCCACGUGAGAGUGGGCAGGGCUGGAGACUGCUGGGGAGUGUGAAGUUGGAGCAUCAGAUGUGAACAGCUCUGUAUUUAAAUGAAAUCAGCAUGCUUGGUUGCAUGUGAUGCAGAUUGACUUCAGGGAUUUGUGAAGAAGUGCUGUUCAAAGAACAGCAAAAAAAAAAAAAAAAAGUUCCUUUAUCUCAUCAUAAUUCCGGGUUUAAUAAGCAAUUAAAAUGACAUGUAAAAGGUCAUACUGUUGUCUUCAGAGGUUGGGUGUUGGUUGUUAAAUUACACUUCAAUUUUCACUCUUUCCAAGUUGCUCACUGAAAAUGGAAAACUUUUUCAUAAUUAAAUUGACUAAAAAUUGUGCCACUGAAGAACAGAGUUCUAAGAGCCAAAAAUGUUUAGUUGACAGAGGUUGUAAAUAACUUUGCAUAGUUCCAGUGACUUGUGUCAUGUUUUAUUCCUUCUGGUUUAUACAUAAUAGCACAUGGUAUUUAAUCAUUAGGAAAUGUUAUAACAGUUUUCAGACAUAGAGAGGAUGAACGUCCAGCUCUGGACUCUUGGACCUGGAAGUUUGUGAGUAACAGUGGCUGAGCCCCCACUCCUGUUACACCAGUGAUGUAGCAGGAGGUGGCAGGUGGAUUGCACUUCCUUUCAGGAUAAAUGAUUGUUUUCCAUGUUUCUCCUGGCACUCUCCCAUGGCUCAGUACUGGGGGAGCCAUGAAGGUUGUGGCUGUGUUCAGCCUGGCCACCUGUGCCUCCUGCAGCAGUGCUGGGAGGGGACACUCCUGGCAGGAAAUGGGGAUGUCCUUGGGGGUCCUGGACUUCAACGAGGUCUGGGGGGACACACUGAGUGGUUUUUCUGCCCAUUUGUUAAUAAUUGCCAUUCCUGUUAUAUUUUGCAGUGUAGACUUUUUUCACUACUCUGACCGUGUUCAUUGUAAAGACUUAACUCUAUGAAUGUGUGGUUUGGGGAAUCAGUUUGUUUUAUAUUUGUGUAAAUAAAGUCUCAAGAUCUAUGCAUGAGAUACUGUUCUGGCGGGACAGUGAGUGGGUUAUUAUCCUAAACAGUGUAUGUUCCCAAAGUCCCUUUUUAUACCUUAAUUUUAAUUUUCUGGUUGGUAUUACUUGGUGAGAGCACGGUGAAAAUGCUGCUUCUGUUCAAGUCACACUCUACAGUACCUUUGAAACAUUGGUGUCUUGGAAGUAUUUGAGAUGUAAAAGUCUUUUGGCUGCAGACCAUGGCUCCAGAAGUGGCUCUGAUGUUGGUUUUCCUCCCCAAACGUUGCUGAGUUCACUGUGGAGAACAUUGGGCUGGUUCUGCAGGGAGAGGGUGUCCUUGGAAAGCUGGAUUUGCUGCCUUGAGUCUAUUGUGUGGGGUAAAACUGAAGCUCAGUUGUAGUUGCAAGGUCAUGUACAGGCCCAGACCUGUACAAAUUAUUAAUUCUGGAUAUGAAUCUGUAAUGUUUCUGUACUGCAAAGAAUAAUGUAAACUUGAAAUAUCCAAUAUUAUCGUAGGAGUUAACAGUAUCUACACAGUGAAUAACAAAAUAAAUGAGAAAACAAAAUAAAUUAGGCUACUCUAGGUAGUAACUAAGGCUCUUGUGCCAAGACUCAUUUCAGGGAAUAAUAUGUCUCAUGGUUUUACUAGUACUAGUUGGUAUAUAGUGAAUACAACCAUAUGUACAGCAGAAAAAUAAACUUAUUUUUCUGUAACAGUUGGAAUAAAGCUUGCCUGAUACUGAAGAAUCACUUGGCUCUCUGAGAGCAGUGCUCAGACCUGUCUCAUUCCUCAUGACACCUGAACUCGUGUGUGCAGGCAGCAGUAACCAAACCACCACAACUCCAUCCAAGGAGCCCCCCAGGCAGCUCUGAAGGUUCCUGGGGUUUUGGGGUGAGCCCAUCCAGGAAUUCCUGGGGAUUCCUGUACAGCAAGUGCUGAGGGAGUGGGGGUCUCUCCAGGAACAGGGCUGGGCUUGGGCAUCCCCACAGUUCCUGGGGGGCUGAGCAGUUCCUGAGCAGACUUUUCACUCGGGAGUGGAACUUCUCCUGCCCAAGCAGUUGCUUUUUCUGUGCUCGUUGUACAUUUUUGCUUUGCCAGUUGAGUUUUGCUCAGGGCAGUAACUCAGAUUCAGAGGAGAAGGUGGUUCUGGAGGGAGAAUCCAGUGAUAAAUACUGGAGAUUUGUUUUCCUUGAGUAGAGCCCUUGCAAAUGAAGACUGAAAAUAUUUAUUUAAAAUAGAGUAGCUUUUCUCAUGUUCAGGAAAGGUUCUUUACUGUGCUCUGCCUGGAUUCAUCUUUGUCCCUGUUUUUGCAAGUUUCCACAUUGUUAUUUCUUUGUCUGGACCAACUGGUGGUCUGGCAGGUCACUUUUUAUUCUUUGUAUCACUGGUAAGUGAAUGCAACGUGGAGCCUUGAUGAAAUGAGCAAAUAUUGCACUGUGGAUACAUAAGUAUAUUUGUCUUUGUUUAUGCACUAUUAGAACCGAGGGCGCUGUAUAUAGAAUUUUGCUUUGGAGCAAUAUUUGCAAAACUUGAAAACUUCUGUAUCUUGGUGUUUGGAAUAAAUAAAAUAGGUUUUUGUUGGUUAAAUCUUA